AGGUGUGAAGAUGUAAUGCUGGACAGAGAUGGCUUCUCCAAUAGAGACGGUCACCGGAUGGCCUUGUGGAUAAAUGGCCUCUUGGUGAAGUGGAGGGCACGAUGGUAAUGGGAAGGACAACACCAAUGCCCAGUUUCCACCUGGAGCCACGAAUCUUAAUCAUGUGCAUUGGAGUUUUGAUCAGAGCCCUCUGUUCUUGCUGCCCUGCCCCCUGUGAGUGUCCCACUCGUGACAAUUCCACCCUUUGUCGGCGCCGUUUUCUGAGCAUGGUUCCCUCAGACAUCCCAAUAUUUUCUCAAACGUUAGACCUUAGUCACAACUAUAUCAGAGCAGUGCCAUCGAACUCCUUCACACACCUUAAGUAUCUCCAAGAGCUGGACUUAAGUUACAAUCAACUUUCUAGGGUGGAACCAGGACUUUUCAGCGGUUUGCCUGCACUCAGGGUCCUGCUUCUCCACCAUAAUGAGCUCAAACUGUUGCCUCCUGGGAUCUUUUUAGGCAUGCCAGCCCUGUCAUGGUUAGAUGUCCGUGGAAACCAGUUGGUCAUUUUGCUAGACCAAACUUUUCAAGGUCUUGGGGAACUGAAGCACCUGGAGACUGGUGAAAACCCCCUGCUCUUCAUAUCUCCUGGUGCUUUUUUGGCGUUGCCUCAGCUGCAAAGAUUGGGUUUGGAGGACACUAAACUCAAUAAUGUCCCCAUAGGUGCUCUUACAGCACUUCCACGGCUUUCCGAACUGCGUUUGGGAGGAAUCAGCAAGAGCAUUCUUCGAGACCUUUCCUUCCCCGAUUUGCCCUUGCUGCGAGUGCUAGAAAUAGACUGCUGGCCUUCUUUAGGGAUUCUUGAGCCUCACAGCCUGUCUGGUUUAAAUCUUAGCUCGUUUUCUGUAACCCAUGGAAAUCUUACCACAAUCCCAGAGGAGGCACUUAAAGCCCAGAUUUACCUCCGGACGCUGGACCUCUCCAACAACCCAAUCUCUGAGCUCCCAGCCAGAGGUUUCAGCACACUACGGAGGUUGGAGGAGCUGAGGCUGAGCAGUGGGAGGCUGCAUUAUGUACCUUCUGCAGCCUUCUAUGGCCUUGGACAUCUCCGCAUGCUUGAUCUUUCAGACAAUCCCCUCACUUGGCUUGCAGAGGAUGCCUUGCCUUCUCCUCUUGGAGGCCUGGAGACUCUUCUCCUCUCUAAUACCAUGUUGUCCUGUGAUUGCAGGCUCUGUUGGCUUCUCCAUCGUGGACUUCGUUUUGGGGGAAAAUCCCCCAUUUGUGCAUCUCCAGACUCACUAAGAGGAAUGGUGAUCCCUGACGAUCCAGAAAAACUUUGCCCAGACUUAUUUACAUGCCAGCCCCCAAUUAUAGUAAAUCUUGGACCACGCAAGUUAAAGGUCAGAGAAGGAGAUAUACUAACCAUCUCCUGCAACAGUUUGGGAGUCCCACAACCUUCUAUCCAAUGGGUGCUACCACAAAACCCUCAGUUGGAGGACAUCAGGACAACAGAGGUAGUGACUGCAUGUCCAACUACCAGGCUGCCUUAUAACAUAUCACCACAAACAGUCUUUCCAACCACAGAUGCUCAUGAGAUACCUGACCGGACUGUACAGGUACCAACUCCUGCAAUGCCAGCUGCCAAGAGGAUCACCAUUAGCCCAGAUGACACUCUUCAAUUUGAUCCUGUACAAACAGAGCAUGCAGGGGCUUAUCUUUGUGUGGCCACCAACAUGGUUGGAAAUGACUCCACUUGGGUGCAUUUGGAAGUCGUGCCUUUUAACGGCAGCAAUGUGCCCUCUUCAGUGGCCACAAUGAAUGGUCACCUCCUAGUGGUCAUAACAGCUGGUGGCAUUCUGCCCUUCAUCAGCUCCGUGACCCUGUGCUUCAUCUUCAUGUUCCUUUGGAGCCGGGGAAGGGGGAACAUCAAACACAGAGCUCACAUCGAAUAUGUGCCACGGGGGAACCGAGGGUCAACAGAUACAGAGGAAAACAAAUUCACAAUGAAGCUGCUCUAAAGAAUGACCAGUUUGUUUGUGUCGUCAUCUUCCCAGUUGGAUAAAAUGGGAAGCAAGUCCCCCAGUACAGCCCUUUGCCCCCUUUGUAUAGUAUUGCCACUGACACGUCUCUGCGGAGAACCCAUGAUGGGAGCUUAAAUAGAAACAUCCCCUUAUAAUAAAGUAUCAUUAGAUACCGGGACCUUCAGUUCUGCUUCUCCCCAGUUUGAAAUUUAAGCGGCUCUCUGGUUACUUGGGUCAGACCAGUCGUGAAGCUCGAUGCUGUUACUGUUAUUAUCAUUAAUUAUCAUUAAUUAGUUACUAUUAGUAAUAUUAUAAUUAAAUCCCAAACUGGAGAUUGGCAAAAUAACUAAGUUCAAUUAUUCGCAAGCCAACAAACUGUAAAAGGGCUGAUAAUAUCUCAUUCUCAAAAGAUCAAUUUAAAGGGGAUGUAAAGCCCAAAAUAAUAAUGUGCCCAAUGAGAAAAGGCAAUU